AAACCUUAUGUGAUGGCAGAAGGCGAAAAUUCAGGGCCCACCUUGAAACCACUGGUGUUUCACGUGGAUGAAACCACUCCUAAAGUAGUGCAAAGUGUCCUCCUGGAGCGUGGCUGGAAUGAGUUCAAUCGGCAAGAGCACAGUGUUGAAGGCUGGAAUCUGUACUGGAAGACUUCUUUUCGAAUGACCGAACAUACCAACGUUAAGCCUUGGCAGCGGCUGAACCAUCACCCAGGAACAACCAAACUUACCAGGAAGGACCAUUUGGCCAAAUGCCUAAUGAACAUGAGAAGAAUUUAUGGCACUUCUCUUUAUGAAUUCAUUCCUCAGACAUUUAUCAUGCCCAGUGACUAUAACAAGUUUGUAGCUGCAUAGUCUAAGGAGAAACAGAUGCUGGGUGCAAAGCAUAGCUACUGGAUUUGCAAGCUUGCAGAAUUGUCUCGUGGGAGGGGAAUACUAAUUUUCAGUGACAUCAAGGACUUACUCUUUGAUGAUACGGAUAUCGUCCAGAAGUACAUCUGCAACCCUUUGCUGGUUGGUAAAUAUAAAUGUGACCUUCGCAUCUAUGUUUGUGUCAUUGGCUUCAAGCCUUUGACCGUUUAUAUUUAUCAGGAAGGAUUAGUGUGGUUCGCCACGGAAAAGUUUGAUCUCAGUGAUUUGCAUAAUGAUUAUGCCCAUUUGACCAACAGCAGCAUCAACACAUCUGGGGCCUCAUAUGAGAAGAUAAAAGAGGUGAUUGGUCAUGGUUCCAAAUGGACACUCAGUAGGUUCUUUUCCUACCUCCAUAGUUAUGAUGGGGACCAUCCACUUUUGUGGCAGAAAAUCAGCCACAUGGCUGUUCUCACAGUGCUUGCCAUGGCCCCCUCGGUCCCCUGUGCUGCCAACUGCUUUGGGCUCUUUGGAUUUGACAUUCUGAUCGAUGACAAUUUUAAGCCAUGGCUUUUAGAAGUUAACUAUAGCCCAGCCUUAUCCUUGGGAUGUAAGGCUGAUGUUACAGUGAAGAGAAAACUUAUCCAUGAUGUUAUUGAACUGAUUCACUUAAAUGGUCCCAGAAAGGAGGGGAAAGAAUGUAGUCAUGCUUUGUGUGGGCCUUCGGAUGUCUCCUUUGCUAAAAGUGAUAGAGGUAGAUUCGGUUAUGUUGGCAGUUCUCGUCCUUGUGGGUCUCUCUCAUGCUUCACAAGCAGAAUAUUUAAAAUGGACAAAUCUAAACAAAAAGCUGUAGGAGCAUGUCCCAAAAAUGCACGUACCUCCCAACUUAGAGAAAUGAUGAACAUGCAGAAGAAUUUAGCUCUAUCAGCAAGAGAGCCACCCAAAGUCAAACCAAAGUUAAAAAGUGGGCAUGCCCCUGGCAUGACAUUCACACCCCACCUGUCACUCGUGCCAUUGCACACCUGCAAGCCAACCAUCUCCUCGAGUUUCCUCUCAGACAACAGCAAGAAGCCAGACCCCCAUGCAGGCAACUUUGUCCUCAUUUUUCCUUUCAAUGAAGCUGCUUUUGGAGCUUCUGGGAAUGGAUUAAAUGUCAAAAGAAUAGUCCAAGAGCUCCAGAAACAAAUGAAUAAGCAACAUUCCCAAGUGGCAGGAAAUAAAACAAAAAAGUGACAUCCCAGGGAAAGAGACAGCUUAAGUCCGUGCCUGACACAUUCAGACUAUUAACUACAU